AUGGCAAAUUCUGCAGGGCUGUCGUUAUGCAGGCAGAUGCUGGUGGUGCGGGGCGGCUGCCGGUUUCUGGCCACCACCAUUGCAAAUAGUGAUGAUGACAGCCUCUUCAUGUAUGACUGCAGUACUGCAGAGAAGAAGCCACAGGAAACUAAAGGGGAGGACGGGCAGCCUGUGGAGAAGGGGAGCGACACCAUUCUGGCUUCCACCUUCUCUGAGUCUGGCAGUUAUUUUGCUUUGACUGAUGACAGUAAGCGUCUGAUUCUUUUCCGUACAAACCCAUGGCAAUGUCUGAGUGUCAGAGCUGUGGUGAGGCGGUGCACUGCCCUGACAUUCACAGCCUCUGAGGAGAAGGUUUUGGUGGCCGACAAGUCUGGGGACGUCUAUUCCUUCUCUGUGUUGGAACCUCAGGGAUGUGGGCAGCUCGAGCUGGGACACCUCUCUAUGCUAUUGGACAUGGCGGUGAGUCCUGAUGGCCGCUUUGUCCUCACCGCGGACCGUGAUGAGAAGAUCCGAGUGAGCUGGUUGGCAGCGCCCCACAGCAUCGAGUCCUUCUGCCUUGGACACACCGAGUUUGUGAGCCGGAUCUUUGUAGUGCCUGACCAUCCGGAACUGUUACUGUCCACCUCUGGAGAUGGCACUUUACGGCUCUGGGAGUACCAGAGUGGGCGGGAGCUGCACUGCUGUCUCGUGACCAACCUGCAAGAGCCAGAUGCACCCCAGGAUGAGAAGAGGUUCGCUGCAUCCCGUAUCACGUACUGCCGCCAGGAUAGCUGCAUUGCCCUGCUGUGUGACAGUAUCCCUGUGGUCUACAUCUUCCAGCUGGACGUCCCCCGGCAGCAGCUGGUUUACAAGCAGCAGCUGUCAUUUCAGCACCGAGUAUGGGACGUGGCCUAUGAGGAGACACAGGGCCUGUGGGUUCUGCAGGACAGUCGGGAAGUCCCACUGGUGCUCUGCCAGCCCAUGCAGGGCCAGUGGCAGCCUGUUUCUGAAAAUGAUCUGUUAAAUAAAGUCUCUGCUCACCUCCGCGGGAAUUGGGCCAUGCUGGAAGGCUCCACUGGUGUGGGCGACAGCUUCAGCAGUCUCUACAAGACCACCUUUGACAACAUGACGACCUAUCUGAAGAAAAAGGAGGAGAGACUGCAGCAGCAGCUGGAGAAGAGGCAGCGACGCAAGAGCCUGCAGCCAGGGCCCAACGGGCAUACCAAGAAGCUGAAAUCGAGUGAUGCGUCCUCAGCACCUGGCAGUGAGCUCACUGCAUGGGAGGAGCCAGCUGUUUCUACCUCCCCUCGCUGCUGA